GGGCCUUCCCCGUCCGGAUAGAGUUUUCUGUUCGUUUUGCCUUUUUCCGUUUGUGUUGCAAGGGGGGAAGAAGGGAGGAGAAGGAAAAGAGAGGACCUGGGAGAACCGAAAGGGAAAGAGAAAGGGAGAGAAGAACUGUAGUGGCUGUUGCUGUUGCUGCUUUGCAAAUGGAGGGUCCCUAGUUGCCCGCCCGCAUCGAACCUUGAUCCGAUCCCUUUUCAAUCUGCACACGCCGGAGAUUCCGUCUGCAGAGGUCGCUGCGGUAAGACUGACUGAUAAACUGCAGGAUAUUCCUUAAUGUCAUCCCCACUUGGCCAUGUAGAGGAGGGGCCUAACAAGGUCCAUCUGCCAGUUCCAUCUGCUUCACUGGAUAGCACUGGCCAGAGUAGCCCUGAAUUGACCGAGCAUAACUACAUGGGGCUCUCAGAUUCUUCUUCUGGAGAUAGCUCUGUGGUCACCUCUGGUUUGGAUGCAAAGGACGAGAGCAUGAACUUGAAGGAGACAGAGCUUAGGCUUGGCCUACCCGGUUCACAGUCUCCUGUAAGGGAUCUCGACUUCACCCUGUCAAACAAUGUUAAGGUUGGGGAGAAAAACCUCUUCCCUUUGGGUCCUGUAAAGGAAGGAACAAGUGAAGAGAAACACUCGAGAAACAGCCUUUAUCCAACCUCUCAGAAAAACAUCGUGUCUGGAAACAAGAGAGGGUUUUCUGAUGCCAUGGAUGGGUUUACAGAGGUCAAAGGCAAUAUAUGUGUGGAGGGAAAAUGGAUGUUUAGUGCAAUUUCUGAUACUGAGAUUAAGACUUCAGCACAGGGAAAGUUCACUGGCAGUUCAGGAUUGACGACGACUUCUGUUGGUAUGAAGCAGGGUACUGGGCCAUGGCAGGCAAGUGGUCUAGAACAUUCUGGAGCUAGGGCUUCAGCAAGUAAUCUUGUGGCAAAGAGUACUAAUGUUAAGGACCUAUCUGCUACUCCUAUAAUGAAAGAGAUCGUCUCUCCAAAGAUAUCACUGGACAGGCCUCAUGUUGCCAAGGACUCCAGCAAUAAGCAAAUUGGCUCUGCAAACAACCACGUUGUGGCUCCUGCUGCCAAGGCACAGGUUGUGGGUUGGCCUCCUAUCAGGUCAUACCGUAAAAACACAUUGGCUGCAAGCUCAAAAGCUAAUGAGGAGGUUGAUGGAAAGCCGGGUUCAGGACCACUGUUUGUCAAGGUCAGCAUGGAUGGUGCUCCAUAUCUGAGGAAAGUCGACCUUAAAACAUGUGCAACUUAUGGUGAACUGUCAUCUGCUUUGGAGAAAAUGUUCAGCUGUUUUACAAUUGGUCAGUGUGGUUCUCAUGGGGUUCCAGGCAGAGACCUUAUGAGCGAGAGUAAGUUGAUGGAUCUUCUUCAUGGAUCAGAAUAUGUGCUUUCCUAUGAAGAUAAAGAUGGCGACUGGAUGCUUGUUGGUGAUGUGCCUUGGGAUAUGUUUGUUGAUUCAUGCAGACGGCUACGGAUUAUGAAGGGAUCUGAUGCCAUUGGCCUUGCUCCUAGGGCCAUGGAGAAAUGCCGUAACAGGAACUAGUUUGAAGCAUCUGAAUCAUGGAUGCUGUCUUCUGGUCGACGGGAGUUUGGGUGGACUCUAGCUUUUGCGGAAUUUACUUGACAGUCCAAAUCCUGUCUGAGUCUGCGAUUAACUGUACUAUGGGCAUCAUGAUGGUGUCCAACCGCGGAGGAUCUCAUGUGCUGGGAGAUGGUCCGUGGGCUAGAUGCUACGUUAUUAUUGCAGCCUGAAACUGAAUUUUUAGUUAGACAUGUUUAAACGAACUUGGCUAGUACAGACGUUAGGUAUAUUGUAUGCUUUCGAGUCCUUGGUUGUUUUCACCGAACAUUGUCUGUAAAAAGGCCAGUCUGUUGUCUACUUUACCAGCGAGGAAAAAGUAUGUUCUGCUCUGUUC